AGAGUCACCCCUUCAAGGCCAUUUCUCACAUCUGGGGUUGACUAUGCGGGUCCAAUCACUCUCAAAUCUUGGAAAGGUCGUGGAGCCAAAACAAGGAAGGGAUGAAUUUGCCUCUUUGUGUGCUUCUCAUCUUCGGCUCUGCAUCUCGAGGUAGUAUCGGACUACACUACGGACGGAUUUCUCGCGGCCUACCGCAGAUUUGUUUCAAGGAGCACUGUAAAAAAAUCUGGUGUAAAAUAACACAAAACUUGUAAUUUCACACAUCAAAAUUAUAGGUUGUACGUAUGAGAGGUAUCUGUCAAACACUGUACAGUGAUUAUGGCACCAACUUCAUGGUGCAGAAACUGCUCUCAAACAACUCUUCAAGGACGGAUCUCAAAAAGCCAGGGAAUUAUCUCAAUUACUAACCAAGGACGGCACCUCAUGGAAGUUCAACCCUCCAGCAGCUCCACACAUGGGUGGAAAAUGGGAUGCUGCCGUGAAAUCAAUCAAGUAUCACCUCAGAAGGACGAUCGGCGAAACGAUCUUAACGUAUGAAGAAUUUACGACUCUUCUUACGCAGAUCGAAGCGGUUCUCAACUCCCGACCGUUAGAACCUCUCACAGAAAAUCCUGACGACUUGUCAGUUCUCACACCAGGACAUUUUCUCAUCGGGGAACCACUCACAUCAAUUCCGGAACCCUCUCUCUUGGAAGUACCAACAUCAAGGUUAACAAGGUGGAAAUUACUACAACAACAGGCCCAAUUUUUCUGGUCGAAAUGAUCCACCAGUUAUCUUCAACGACAACUCGCUAUUUCCAAGUGGCAUCAUCCAUCACAUCAAAUCAAGGUCGGCUCUCAACGGAAGAGGUGCUCAAGGAUAACAUCUCAACAUAAGGAUCGUCAACUCUGUUGCCGAUGGCGGGGAGUAUGUUCAAUUCUGAGUGAAUUAAAUUGUGGUAAAAUACUGUUGUGCGCGAUAAUUUUAAUUUGUACGCAAUUUACCGCCCGAGGGCGCUUUUGUUGUCACCGCGUCGUCGCACCGCAUUUAUGCAAAUUCAUUCGAAAAAGGAACUCUCGAGAGAUUAGAACGUUUUUCUCACAUCCCUGGUUUUCCUCAAAAUUAUCACUCAAAAUUAUCACUCGGUUUACACUAAAAUCGAUAUUAAUAAAAUACAGUAUUCUCACAAGGUGUUCUCUAAUUUCGUCUUACAUCAUUAUAGUGAAAGACCGCGAGUCAAGGUUAAUUUCAAGUGUGAAGCGUGCUAGCGGCCGGCGUGGUCGUCAGCUGAUAUAUUAACAAGACUCUUACAAGUGAACAUUCAAGGCGUUUUCUCAUUAAGUGUACAGUGUGUUUUUGUUCUGGUUGACCAGAAAAUAAAUAGCUAUUUUUGUUUAUGUAAUUUUCCGAAAUUUAUUCCACCUGCAUUUUUUGAACGGACCCUUUAAUUCACACUAGCAAAGCUAACCUCAAUCCCUCACCCUCAAAACAGAGAGACAGAGAGAUUAUACCGAUGCGUAAUGAUAAACGUAGGUAAUAAUGAAGCGUCUCUUAUUAUCUUGCUCUUUUCCGUUAAAUAGAGUGACACACUAAAGAUUUUGGCGUCAGAAGAAUGGAAAUUCACAAGGUUAAUUCCAAAAGGAAAUGCACUAACACGAUGCACCAUUAAGGGGUUACGUAGGGUAUUGUCACCUUGAGUGGACCGCUACUUUGAGUGGACCGCCUGAGCUUUUAAGUUAUCUGACAGCGAAAACGUGAAAUAAAUAGUGCGAAUAGCAGCACCGC